AAGAUGGACGCCAAAGAAGUGUUAGUUUGGACACCAGAAUUAGAAGUGACAUUAUUUCAUUCAAUGAAAGGACACAAGCCGACAGGUAUAAACAGACAUUUCCACAUGGCUUGUAUACACGACAAGUUUAUCACUGCAACUGGUAAGAGAAACAUCUCUUCGAAACAACUAUGGCAACAUUUGCAAGAGCUUUAUAAUCUACAAGCAUUGAAUGAAACUGAAGGCCUCCCAUUCCCCAAUGAGGAAAAUGAAUUCAAUUUGCCUGAUGAAAUAUUUGAACCUCAGGCGAGCUCGGAUUACAACGAAGAAGAUACACCUGGGCCCAGUCCAGGUCACAAAUCAAAAUCUCUUAGUGGAUCAGGGUCACGACCAACCACACCGAGGCCAAGUACACCUGACACAUCACCCAAAAGGAAACGUACAAGAGGCUCGAACACAUCACAACCUCCUUCACCACAUUCUAGUACAGGAUCAACAACAACAACAAAACGUAGACGUUAAGCAAUUCACUUGCACUUGGUACCUUCUUUUUAAUCAUCAUCGAGUUUUGAUGAAGACUUAAUAUAAUUGUAAAUAUUAUGUAUUGUGUACAUUUGUUAGCAUAUGUAACCAUAUGUGCAAUGAUGUGCCCGGGAUUAUAUAUAUAUAUAAUAUAUAAGAA